CGCCCAUCUCCCGGCAGGAGGUGAUGCAGCUGGAGAAGCAGCUGGGGGGGCAGCUGAUCGGAGCCCCCCGCGUCCUGCACUUCAAGGACAGUUACCACAACCUGCGCCUCUCCAUCCACGACAUGCCCAGCUCGCUGUGGAAGAGCAAACUCCUCGCCAGCUACCAGGAGAUCCCCUUCUACCACCUGUGGAGCGGGCUGCAGCCCUACCUGCACUGCACCUUCACGCUGGAGCGCCUCAGCCCCAGCACCUGCCAGCUGGCCUGCAAGAUCUGGGUCUGGCAGGUGGAGGGCGACGGGCAGAGCUUCAACAUCAACUUCAACAUCGCCAAGGACACGAGCUUCUCGGACUGGCUGGUGCCCGAGAGCGAGGCAGGCUGCCCAGCCCUGGUGGGCCCCAGUGCCUUCAAGAUCCCCUUCCUCAUCCGCCAGAAGAUCAUCAGCAGCCUGGACACGCCCUGCGCCCGCGGUGCUGACUGGAGAACGCUGGCCCAGAAACUCCACCUGGACAGCCAUCUCAGCUUCUUUGCCUCGAAGGCCAGCCCGACCGCCAUGAUCCUGAACCUGUGGGAGGCGCGGCACUUCCCCAGCGGGAACCUGGCGCAGUUGGCCGCCGCCGUGGCCGAGGUGGGCAGACAGGACAGUGCCCUCUUCGCCGUCUCGGAGGCCGAGUGCUGAGGGGCCAGCGCAGGGCAGGGCGGGGCCCUGCGGAGGGGGGAGCACAGGCCCCGGGGCAGCGGCGUGGGUGUCACUGCCCCAAAGGUGCCAGCUCUGUCCCCCGGGGGCCUGUGCUGGGCUCCUGCCCCUGCUGCCCGCGCAGGGGGCAGGGGGCUGGCUGGGUGCAGGCACUGACAGUGCUGGGGGCUGUGCCCCUUGCUGCCCCAGGACCCCUUGAGGACUCACCUGACCCCCCCCCCCCCCCCGCAUGCCAGGGGGCUGUGGGCCAGUCCCCCCUUGGGGGCGUCUUGGAGCCAAAGAACAGGCCAUGGCGGGGGCUGCGGGUGGGGGCUCUGGGGGGGCUGGGAUGGGCAGCCUGGCUCCAGCCCGGCCCAUCCGGGCGCUGUGUGUGCAGCGGGCAUUGUGCGUCGUGCGUGCUGUAACCGUGUGGGGCCGGGCGGUGCCAGGCCCUGUCCCAUGUUGUGUAAAGACCGGUUUUUAAUUCUGUAUUCAAGUGCAUUCGCGUAUUUACACUUGGCCUUAUGUACAUAGCCGGCAGCGCGGGGAGGGGGCGAGCGGGCACCCUGUAAAU